AUGGCUCGCGUUGACAGCACCACAGACUCACCGCUCCUCGAGCUCCUUCUCGGCCUCAAGAACGCGUCAGUUGCCGCCACAGCCGCCACAGCUGCUACAGCCGCUACCACGUCCACGCCGGGUGUCGCGGUGAUUCAUACGAAGGCUCUUCUCCACCCGCUGCUGUCGCGCUCUCACGAUUGCGCCAGCUCCGCUGAAAGGUCUUCCUCCGCCACCGCCGCCGCCGCAUCAGCGUCCUCAGGAGAGACCGAAACCUGCGAGGCGGCAUCCAGCGGCAUCGACGCCACCGCGCCGCUGCUUACCGACCAAUCGGGUGCGCUACUGCCCCGCGCUGCGACGAGUGACGAGUCUCCACCGGCAAUCCGUCCGCGAGUCGCGGAAGCUCCGUCAAGACAGUGGAUACCAAUGGCGGUGCCGCUACAGCCGCCGGUCUCCGCGCGCGAAGCGAACCAGUCGUCCCACGCGGGAUCGCUGAACCAACAGCAGCAGACCGCCGCGGUAGCAGCUGCUGCGCUGAUAGCGGGCGUCGUGCUUCAAGCGGCGAGUGCGGCUGCAGGGAGACGCGGGAGGGCCCCGAUUUCAUCAUCCAACGCCGCAGGUCGUGCGAACUGCGGGCAGAACGAGAUCCCGAAUCGCAAAUUUCUCCAGAAACAGCCGGAGGCUCCGGAAUCGCGGGUUCCUGAGGCGCCGGAGGCUGGAUGCAAUGCGUCCCUCCGGAAGCAGCUGCUCUUGCACGCGCAGCGCGGCAAUUCCUGGGAAUCAAUCCCUUCCGUGAUUCCUGGCGCUGUCACCACUGGCGGACGACUUUCGUCCGCUUCAUCCGGCGUCGCGACUUUGGCGCGUCUCUCGUCGUCGGCUGACGUGGCAACCUUGUCGCUGUCGGCAUUCCUCAACGAACCAAGGAUCACGGCAGCAACAGAGAGGAGUUCCUACAGUGAAUCGCUUGCCAUGGCGCUUCGAGCAGCCAAUGAGGUAGCCAGGAUCAACAUUGGUGGAGUGGGGGACAUGGGCAGUGAUCUUCUGGAUAGUCUUGACUUUGAGCAGCAGGGAAGAUCAUCCCGCAGCAAGAGAUGUCCCCAAUGUGGAAGAAUUUUCUUGUCCGGGCAGGCACUUGGUGGUCACAUGCGGAAGCACUGGAAGGGCCCAAAAAGGCCGGAGCAUUCUUCACGGCAUGCGAAAGACUCGCUUGGUGUGAGCAAGAGCGCUGCUGCCCAGGACAGCAAACACAGCCGUAAGUCGCCUUCGCCGUGUCAGCUGGAACUCAAUAGGCGGUUCUCGGAAGAAUCAAUGGAGCUGGAGAAAGAAGUGGAUGCUCAGGAAAUCGAUUUGGACCUGAGGUUGUGA